CCAACAAAACUCGCCUACUAAGUGGCGAGUGUUACAGUGAGUCUUGCCCAAACACUCAAGGAAAUAAUGAAGAUUCUUCCAUUCAAACUUCUUCCCUUCUUUUUAGCUCUAUUCACACUUGAUAGCUUAAGCUUUAUUACUGUUAAUGGUGUUAAUAAUGAUUACAACAACAUUGGUAUUAAUCAGGGGAUUAGCUUCCUUAAUCGUACCAGUUUUCCUCCUGGUUUUAUCUUUGGUUCAGCUUCUUCUGCUUACCAGUUUGAGGGAGCAGCUUAUGAAGAUGGAAAAGGGCCCAGUAUAUGGGAUACUUUCACCCAUAAAUUUCCUGGAAAGAUAGCUGAUGGAAAUAAUGGCGAUGUGGCAGUUGAUUCAUACCAUCGUUAUAAGGAAGAUGUGAAGAUCAUGAAGGAAAUGGGAGUGGAUGCUUACAGGUUUUCCAUUUCAUGGCCCAGAAUAUUGCCCUAUGGAAAAGUAAGCAAGGGUGUGAACAACAAAGGACUGAUGUAUUACCACAACCUUAUUAAUGAACUCUUGGCUAAUGGAAUACAACCAUUUAUUACACUUUUCCAUUGGGAUCUUCCUCAGUCAUUGCAAGAUGAAUAUGGUGGUUUUCUUAGCCCUCAAAUAGUGGAUGAUUUUCGUGACUAUUCGGAUUUAUGUUUUAGAGAAUUUGGUUCCAAGGUGAAGCAUUGGAUUACACUUAAUGAACCAUGGAGCUACAGUACAGGAAUUUUUUCAACUGGAAUCUAUUCAUCGAAACAGUGCCCUAAGUCAGACCCUGAUAAAUGCAUAAUUGAUUUUGCCACACACCCUUAUCUGGCUGCUCACUACCAGCUUCUUGCUCAUGCUGCAGCUGUUCAUAUUUAUAGAAAAAAAUAUCAGGCAUCUCAGAAAGGUCUGAUUGGCGUUGCUCUGAAUACAAAUUGGUUUGUUCCCGUUUCUCCAUCGAAGCAUAACCGCAAUUCGGCACUUAGAGCUCUUGACUUUAUGUUUGGGUGGUAUAUGGACCCAAUAACCUAUGGUGACUACCCACGUUCAAUGCGUUCUCUUGUGGGCAAUCGCUUGCCGAAGUUUUCUAAGGAGCAGUCUCUAAUGCUAAGAGGGUCAUAUGAUUUCCUCGGCUUGAAUCAUUACACUAGUAGUUAUGCGGCGUAUGCUCCUAGUUUAAAAAACGGAAAGCCCAGCUAUAAUACCGAUUCUCUCACUAAUCUCACAUCGGAACGAAAUGGUAUUCCUAUAGGUCCAAAGGCUGCUUCAGAUUGGCUUUAUGUUUAUCCUAGAGGGAUUUAUGACCUACUAGUGCAUAUAAAGCAAAAGUAUAAAGAUCCAAUCAUUUACAUUACAGAAAAUGGCAUUGAUGAGGCAAAUGAUGCCAGAUUGUCUCUUAAGGAAGCCUUAGCUGAUGGUAUGAGAAUUCACUACUAUCAUAGUUACCUAGCCUUCAUACAACGAGCUGUCAGGAAUAAAGUUAAAUUGCGAGGAUAUUUUGCUUGGUCAUUCUCUGACAACUUUGAGUGGGGUUCUGGCUACACAGUUCGGUUUGGCAUCAACUAUAUCGACUACAAAAAUGGACUUAAACGAUACCCCAAGAAUUCUGCUAAAUGGUUCAAGAAUUUCCUUCAUAAAUAAUUAUUCAUCAUUUCAUCUUGUAAAGACUUUUGUUCCAUUCUUCUGCUUUAAGGAAACAGCCUGCACAAACUUUUUUUUUUUUUAACUUUCACAUAGGGCUCAACUUUUGUAAUGCCUAUGCUUAUGCUACCGCGAAUAUUAAUUCAUAAUGCAAAAAUACAGUUGCGGUAAUGGGUGCAAAACGAAUAUUGCAGUCAAUGCGGGCAAUUUCAUGGUCAAUACAGUCUAUAUUUUCAAUUGCUAUGAACUCAAAGGCAUUUAUAGUACAGUUGCGAUAUGGUGACGUAGUCUUAUUUUUGCACCAUGUAUCAAUUAUCUUAGU